CAAACACGGCGUCUUGAAGCUCUUGAACUGCUUUGACAUGGAUUGUGAGACACCAUGUUCAUUCAAGUUUGCUGAUGAUAAGAUUAUAGAGUCUACACCGGCAAAGCUGGCUGGUAUAUUUUGCAUGCAGAGGAUUGGAAGCAGAAAGGGUCAGAAGCUGUUAAAGUACUAUUGUCCUAGUGAUUUGACUGACAAUGUUUUAUACAGCAAAUACUUCACCGAUAUCAAAUCUACAAAGCAUCAGACGACGGUGACUAAGACGAACAUUUUAGAGAAGAUAAAACAACUUAUGGCAAAAAGGAGAAAAAGUGGGAAAAGAAAGAAAGUUGAUGAAAAGGAUCUAGUUUGCCUGAUAGGUCUUUAUCUUUGCUGUGUAUUGUUUUUUGGCGACAAAAAUGCCAAUGGAGUGAACGCGAAAUAUCUUAGUAUCGUUGAAACUUAUGAUACGGUGCUCAAGGUGUCGUGGCCUGAUUUAAUACACGAGCACUUGUUUGAAGAGAUUCAUACUAAUCUUAGUUGUUUGUCAAAUGUGAAGGCUUGUGUGCAAUACCUACUGUUAUUGUUUGCUGAACACACGCCAGCAGGAUUAAUCCCGAAAGUUGAGAACCACGAGGAAGAUAUCCCGAGGGUUGGGAGAUGGGAUAUAUACCAAAUUUCUGAUUACAUUUGGAAAACAGACAUGACACAGUUUUCGCUAUAA